CAAAAGUGGAGAAGAAGAAGCACUAAAAACAGCUGACACUUGUUUAUUAACUGAAUUAAAAUGCAUUUAAGCCGUGUUUAUAUUACCGUAGGUACUACCAAAUUCGACGCUCUUAUAUCAUCUAUAUCCUCGGACUCCGCUCUAAAAGCUUUAGAGAAACGAAAAUGCACUAAGCUCGUAAUACAACACGGAAAUUCACAACCUUUGACAGAGGAGAAAAUUCUAGAUAUAAGAAAGAGCCACGGAAUCUAUAUAGAACAAUACAAAUUUCGGCCAAAUAUAGAGGACAUCAAAUCUGCAGACCUAAUUAUUGGACAUGCAGGAGCAGGAACUUGCAUGGAUAUACUAAAUAACCGAAAACAUGGACUCAUUGUAAUAAAUGACACACUCAUGGACAACCAUCAAUUAGAGCUGGCCAAGCAAUUAUCCUCUGAAAAUUAUCUUUACUAUUGCAAGGUUACGGAUUUGGAUGCCCAGCUAGCCUCUCUCGACUUUAAAGCCCUAAAACCCUAUGAAUAUCAACCCGAAAAUCUUAACAAAUUUGUUUCCGCCAUCAAUGAACUGAUGUCUCAUUAAAAUCUAAUAAACGUUGAAC